AUGUCCAUUGCAGUCCUGCCCGUGGAAUUGAUCUCAAAGAUAUGUAACCAUUUGGAUUUCCAGCAAUUGGUCGCUCUGAGGUUAUCAUGCCGCGCGUUGUACAAAAACACACUGGAGAAUUUUGCGAAGGCCUUUUACCAAAAAAUCCGUUUCAUUGUGACAAGCGAAAGUCUCCACGAACUGGAAGAACUAUCCAAGUCAGAUGGUCUCCGCGAGCACGUUCAAGAGCUAUGGAUGAUCCCUGUUGUGUUCGAUGGCAUUGAAAAACUCCCCGGGAUGAUAUCUAUAUCAUCAAAAAGCUGCCGGCAGGUCAAAGGCGACGAGCAGGAAAGUCGGCAUGCUGUCCAAAAAGCCAUGCUUGCGGAUAAUCGCAACCUGCUGGAAUCAGAAGCGUUCAGUGUUCGACUUCGGGAAUGUCUGGAUCGAUUCAAGAACAUCCAAACAAUAGGACUCGCACAUUACAGAACGGAAUUUUUGCUUGAUCCCCGGCAGAAGACAGUUCCAUUCCUCGGAAGACGACAGAUGAUGAGCCGGAUCGAUUUUCGAUUCGAUGUUUACAGCCUAGGAGAGUCGACGCGGACCAACAAGGCCAGCCAGAUACGAAAACUGAACUCCUUGGCAUUAUCAAAGCUUUUUCUUGCGUUAUGUAGCUCAAGCUGCAGACCCCGAAAGCUGCACACCUGUGAUUCUAACUUCUGUGGUGAUAUCGGCUCCAGGAUUGCCCUCUCCGAAGACCAAUUCGAUUCUCUACUGUCUAAUCUAGAAGGCCUAGAGGAUCUUCACUUAUGUAUUGAUCUCAAUGAGACGGCUUGGCUGAAAUUUUUCAGGAAGCUUGCACCUCAACUGGAAGUACUGAUCUUGUCGCAAGAUCAUAUGCCUUCUUAUCUUGUUCAAGAUGAGAUGCCUGCCUAUCCGGCAAAAAGUUACGUUGGACACAUGUUCUAUGGCAUUGGCUUCACUCGACUCCGAAAGCUUCAUAUUCACGAGCUUGAUAUCAAUUUCAGCUCUUUGAGAUCACUAUUACUCGGUGUCAAGAAAAGUCUGGUCACCCUCACAGUUCAACGGGUUACAAUGCGUAGUGAGAAGUCGAGAGCCACAGAAAAUCCUAGAUCGCAACAUGCCGAGUCCCCUGACCGCCAGGAAAAUGAAACAUCUGUCCGAUAUGCAUCGCCUGCGUCUCAGCUCACUCCACUGGCGGUCAAUCCAAUAUCGCUAUUAUAUCAACCUACAGUGCCAUCAUUUGACCCAAAUCUGCCAUCAUAUCACCAUACAGUGCCAUCAUUUCAACCAACACUGCCAUCAUUUUCAACAUCGUCACCGUACACACCGACUGUAUUCCCGCCAGAAUAUGGACCAGCCCCCCUAUCAGUCCUACCAGCAUCUGAAACAGCAUCGGCAGAAAGUGCACCCCAAUUACCACAGCAUUCCUCGACUUCCGAAUCCUCUGAGUCGUCGACAGAAGAAUAUCCAAACACAAGGUGGUUGUCUACUUACUAUUACCCGUAUGAGCCACCUGAAUCAGCUCGAGGUUCAGUCUGUCCUACCUGGGAAACCGUAAUGGCGUGGAAACGCAACGAAGAAGAGAUCACUUGUGUGUCUAGGUUUUUGGACAUUUUACAGAACGAGUUAUCUCUAGAAACACUUUCACUGGAAGAUAUUAUCUGUGAUGGCAAUUAUUAUUAUUUCGAAAGAGUCGACAAUGGAAACAAACAAAGCGGCCAAGUGCAGUUUGACAUUCGCAAAGCUAAUCUUUCGCUGAAAGAUUGGAUUUCCCGGCUAAGGCCAAUUGCUAGCUGUCCGGCCGAUCGAGUUCUAGAGCUUAAGGAGGACAAAGAUAUGGAGGAUUGGUUCGACAAGAUGAUAGGGAAGGACAGCGGCUCAUUGAAUAGAUUAGACUGUGACUGCAACAGGAAAAAGAAGCCGUUCUGGGGAUGUCCUUUUGGAUGUCACCGAUAUUAG